GCUGAGGAUCGAACCCAGGCCACACGCAUGCCAGAUCUUAAAGAACGAAUGAAGCAAGUUAUCAAGAUUAACUGAAGUUAUCCAGGCAUUUUCAGAUUUUAAAAAAUGCCUCAGAAUAAACAAAAUGAAUGUAUACUAAACAAAGAAGAGAUAAAUUACACAGAAAUAAAUUUUUUCAAAUCUCAACAGAAGAGAAGACCCAAGGAAAAGCAGGAUUCUGUAAUAUCAAAUGAAGAGACUGUAAACUAUGUGCCACUGAAAAUCAACAGAACUUCUCAACUCAAACACAAAAAAUUGUUUGUUAGAGAAAAAAAAGACCCUGAAUCUACAGCGUGGCUGGUGAUAGCUGGCAUCCUAGUGGUCUUGUGUAUGGUUUUGCUGACAACAGUGGGUGUGUUGCUUUCAAACUUACUUUCUAGAAGAGAAGAGCAAAACAGAAAAGUUUCUACCACAUCUUCUAAAGACAAUGAAUGUUCCUGUGAUCUUAAUUCUCACAAUGGGAUUGGGUUUGGAAAUAGUUACUAUCAUGUUUCCAAUGAAACCAAAACCUGGCCUAAAAGUUACACUGCCUGUGUAGAACUGAAUUCUCGUCUUCUGAAGAUACAGACCCAAGAAUUGCUGGAUCUCUUAUCAACAUUUGGAAUGUCGGGAUGGAUAGAUCAUAAAAUGUGUGAAAUUGAUUGGUUCCCGUUAAUGAAAAAUUGUACCAAAAUGAAUGAAAGUCAAGUUCAAUUGAUGAAAAAGAAGAACAAGAAUUGUGCUUAUAUCAGUGGAAAGUACAUUUAUCCUGAAAACUGUUCAUCUAGGAAAUUUUACAUAUGCGAGUUUAAUAUACAGCAACAUCUGCUUUACUAACACAAUAUUAUUAAAUCCUAAUAAAAUAUUUACAAAA